GGCUGCUCUUGGUCAUUUCUACCUCUGACCACAGAUGAGCCCGUUAUUCACGGGAGGGACUUGCACAGCAAGUGAUGCAGAACUACUAGGAGCCUUCUCUGCCGCGAAAAUAGGAUGAAUUUCUUGCAUAGUGCUGCACACUGACCCAAAACAUUUUUAAUAAUUUAUACUUGACUUAAAUCUAUGCUAGCGUUUCUGGAGCCAGUAUCAUGUCAACGUGCACUUUGAUUUGCCAAGUUUGCCUUGUUGCAGUGUUGGUGCUGAGGGCUUUUAAACCUUGCAGUGCUGGAUCUUAUAGUUCAACUGUAACAGUAGCAUACACCUCAUCUGCGGUAUUCCCGAGUGAAUUUGUACGUAGGGUCGAAGGAGAACCUAGUAGGGAAGCUGUCACUUUGUCUGCGGGGCUGCGAACCCCCAUCCACGUCGCCGUCUCUUCGAAACCGGACACAUCAGAUGCAUUCACAGGGGUACAGGAGAGCGCGUCUCCGAGCAGGACGAGAUCGGAGAGCAUCCCUCCAGCCAAGGACAGGACUGCCACUGGAAUUACAGAUCAUCAGCAAAUAACCACUAAUGCAGGAAGCUGGACUUCAGAAUUGCUGAAUAAUAGUAUUCACAGGACUACAACAUUAACAAAAACUCAGGAAAAAACAUCAGAGAUAUUAACUUUUAAUCACACUUCUGUAUCUGUAACAGGGCUCUCAGUGUUUGUUUCUAGUUCAUCUGAUACAACUUUAUCAUCGGAUUUAGAACAUGCAAUUAAUGACACAACACGCAAAGAGGUCCGUCAUGUGCCUUCCACAGAGUCAUUUGCAAACUCUUCUGAUCUGACAGCUCAUUCUGUCACACUGUCUUCAGAUAAUGAUCCUCAAGUUGGAUUUUCAGGAUCUACUAACAUAUUAUUCAAAAGAUCUGUGAGCACACCAAAUGCAACUAUGACAGACCGACAGAGUGCUGAUUUUAAUAAUUCGUUGUCUUCAGUUUCCAUCAGUGUACCACUGUCUUUUUCCUCUUCCACAGCUCCUUCAGCCUCUUUCUCUGUUUCUUCUUUCAUAGCACCAUCUUCAUUACCCUCUCCUUCAUCAGAACCACUAUCAUCACCCUCACCGAUGCUCCCACUUUCAUCAUCGUCAUCAUCAUCAUCAGUUUCUUCUGAUAUUUCAGGGCUCCCCCCACAAACAUUAUCUGCUCCUUCACCAUUUCCUUCUGUAGCUUCAGUAAUUCCAUCAGUUUCAUCACCAGUACCAUCUGCUGUACCAUCCUCACAAGCUUUGCCAUCUUUAAAGUCAUCAACACCUUCUCUUUUGACUUCAACACAUUUAUCAUCUUCAAGUUCCCCUACAUCGGCCUCAUCUGUGCAUAUAUCAUCAUCAUCAUCAUCCUUAACAUCACACUUACCAGAGCCAGCAUCCCAUUUGCCAUCAUUGAAUUCAACACCACAGCACCUUCCACAAUCUUCUUUUUUACCCCCAGUGCCAUCGUCUUCGCAUUUUUCCCUCACAUCAACCAUUUCCACUUCAUCUUCACCACUACCAUUAACAACAUCCUCACAUUCUUUACAUUCAGAUUUUAUUUCACCACCACCACCACCAUCAUCUUCAUCGUCACCACUGUCACAUACAGCCUCCUUUUUACCACCAUCUGUCUCAUCAACCCUGUUACCUCAGACAUCAUCACUAAUUCCAUCACCUUCUUCAUCACCCUCCUCAAGUAUAAACUUGUCAAAUCGCUCCUCCCUUUUGACAGCAUCAUCUUCAUCACUUUCAUUGUCAUCCACACAAUCAUUUGAUAACUCUACGAACAGUUCUGAGCCAAAUAUUUUAUUUUUUACUUCAACAAUAGAAGAAACCACAAUGUCAUCUAUGGAGGAUUCUCAUGCUACAGUUUCAUCUUCUAAUUCAGAUCCAACCAUCUUAACAGAAAAGGAAAGUAACAUUAAUAACAGCCUAGCAACUACAGUAACCACUCAGGCUGUUUCAGGGGGAUUGUAUCCAGGCAUUCCAACAGAAUUACCUUCAACUUCUGUAACUAGUAUACUCAUGGUCUCUACAUUACAGACAGAUAAUGUCUUAACCACCAUUCAUUUAGAUGUAACAGAUGCCACUAGUCCUGAUCAACAAACGACAUUUCCUGAAAGGAUUUCACAAAUAACUAGUACCCUGCUACCAACAAAAACAACACAGUCUAGUGCCUUGAUGACAAAUGAAACGGCUACUUCCACUGCAGAAAUGACAUCUACAGAAAGCAUGACAACUGGAGGAAAAGAUUUACCUGCCACUACUGAGCAUAUUUCUUCUACACCGACUUAUGAACUUAAGACUAGUGGUGCUACAAGCAGCUAUUUUGUUGAGCCGACCAGUAGUACUGUAAAAGGAACCAUGCCAACGUUACAGCCUACAGAACCUACAUUUGUGAGUGGGCACAUCACAUCUGUGUCCUUAACAUCAGUAACAUUAGGUUCGACUACAAGCACUGCUACAAAGUCAGCCUCCAAAAUGCCUGCUGCUACUACAGCUAUACCAAUGUCAUCUACAGUUCGAACAGAAAUGAUCUGCAUUCCAAAUCCUUGCUUUAAUCAAGGCACAUGUGUUGUAAAUCAUACAAGCAGCAGAACUCAAUGUAAAUGUCCAGAUGGCUGGAAGGGAGAAAACUGUACUGAAGAUGUGGAUGAAUGCCAGACUAAAGAACCAUGUGUAUUUCCAAAAAUCUGUCAUAACAUCCAAGGAUCUUUCACUUGCAGAUGUCCUGUGGGAUAUGAGUUAGACAAACGAGGUGAUUGUGCUCUAGCAAGAACAUUUGGAGGUGAAUUUUAUACCAAUGCAAACACUGCCCACUUCAUGAAUGCUACACAUUUUGACGAUUAUGAAAUACAUAAAGAAAUGGUGCAGGUGCUGAAUGCAUCUCUUUCUUCACUAAAUGGCUAUAUUGAGUCAGUUGUAACAAACCACAGUCAUGGGAGUCCUGGCAGCAUUUUGGUGAGGAAUAUGUUCACAUUUUUGUCUAACAUGACUUCUCCAGAUGUUUUCCAUGCAGUGGAAAAAUAUUUAAAAUCCUGUGCAGAAAUUGAAAGAAGCUGCAAGUUUGUGAGAAAGUUUCACCUGUCUUACAGAGCGGAAAGUCUUUGCCACCUGAAACUGCCAAAAUGUGACAGAGAAUCCUCUAACUGCUCUGAUUUUGAUGGUAUUGCUGUCUGCCAGUGCAAGCUUGGAUAUUUCAAGUAUAGCAUGAUAGACCACUCUUGCAAAGCCUGUGCUGAUGGUACAAAGUGGGAGAAUGGAAGUUGUGUAAGGUGUCCAUUUGGUUUUGGUGGAUUUAACUGCGAAAACCCUUACAAGUUUAUCACCGUGGUGAUUGCAGCUGUUGGUGGAUUACUGCUAAUGAUUCUGGGAACAGCACUGGCAAUCACAUGCUGCAGAAAGAAAAAAGACCUUAGUAAGCUCAUUUUCAAAAGUGGAGAUUUUCAGAUGUCACCAUAUUCAGACUUUCCAAAGAAUCCGCGGAUAUCUGUGGAGUGGGGAAGAGAAACCAUUGAAAUGCAAGAAAAUGGAAGCACUAAAAAUCUUCUACAGAUGACAGAUGUUUACUAUUCACCAGGCUUGAGGAACCCUGAUGCAGAAAGGAAUGGUGUUUAUGCAUACACUGGUUUACCAGGAUCACGACAUUCCUGUAUCUAUCCUGGACAGUACAACCCAUCUUUUAUUAGUGAUGACUCAAGAAGGAGGGACUACUUUUAACCCCAAAGGAAAGAUCUACUUUUUAUAUAAUGAACGGCCGAAUGGUACAUUCAACUUUUUAUAAAAAAGUUUGACAAACAUUUUCAAAAUAAAAUUAAAAUGCAGUUUCAGACCUCAAUGAAGAAGAAAUUAAAAUGAUCACCUUUUUGUAUAAAGGAAAAAUAGAAAAAUGAGCACAUAAGUGGGUCAUAUAAUAUGUUCUGACAACUUCUGACAAACAUCAUGAUGAGCAAAACAGUGUGUUAAGCAAAGUGGAUGGUUUGGUUCAAGUCACUUAACAGAAUCCUUCUGAAAGAUCGUUUUGGUAAGUGAAAGACACUAAAUGAAAAAUCACAGAGUGUUACAGAAGAGCAAAGCUCAUAACUCUAGAGUGAAGAAUUUUAUGCAAUACAUGGAAAAAAUACUGCUGUUUGUUUUUAGAAACUUUAUUACCAUUCUGUCAGUUGCAUUUCAGCUUCCCAUACUCUGGAAUGAUUUAAUCAUAUCAGUCAGAUGGAGCGAAAGAUUUCAGCUGUAACUUUGCUGCAUCAAACACCAAAGUUAUAUGCUGUUCAUGGUCUCUGAGCACCGGGCUUAGUGGGGCUCAAAAACUGUUGAAGUAAGUUUGUUUGUUUGUGUCUUUCGGCUUUUCCCGGUUAGGGGUCGCCACAGUGGAACUCUGGUCCAGUAUUACUGUGAAAAAGAGUCCUAAAGAGAUGGAGCAACUCUCAAGUUGCCUGGAAAUGGAGUACUUGCACAUGCAGAAUGUUAAUAUCUGCUGAGAAGAUUGACCACAUGGAGUACCAUGCCGUUAACCCAGUCAGAGUUCUGCAUGAAACUACAAAAGGAUUUUGCUGUAAUGGUCAGUGACAAACUAUAAAGACUAUUUAUUUGACAGUUAAAGACACUGUCAUAACCAUAGACACAAAAUACUGUUUCUGAUGAAUGAAGACCUAUGUAAAGAAAACAUUUAUUUUAAAAAAAAAAUCUAACAUUUUCUACUCGGAUAACAUGGGCGCUUUAUUGCUAAUUUUAUUUUUAUUUUAGGUAAUUUAUAAAUAGGAAUUAAGAUGUAGAUCAGUAAUAACAGGAAAUAAUGUUACAUACUAUUAUUUUUUUUGUAAUUCCCAACAUUUGUACUGAUAGAAUGCUAUUACUGCUGACAAACCACAAGAAUUGCACUGCCAGAAAUGGAAAAUGGGGGAUUAGUGUGCGAUUGUUUGUAUGUACCACACAUUUUCUUUAGAUUUUAUGUUUUUUGUUCUGUGUCUUUUGCCUGUUGGAUGUUUAGGUGGCUGCCUGGUUGUCUUUUGGCUAGUAUGAAAUGUAAUUUAGUGUAACAGUGAUUCCUCUGCCUCCUUUGCACAGUGUACAAUAUUGUUAUAAACAAGUGAUUUAUUCAUAGCUUUUAUACAUAUAGUAUAAUUCUUUAAAGAGAAAGUCUGAAACAGAAUUUGCUCUUUUCUGAGCUUCAUUUGUAUAUAUUGCUCAUUAAAAAUUGCCUAUAUUAAGUGC